UUUAUGGAUUACUUGUAUUCAAAGCAAAAUGAAGUUUGGGAUCAAUAUUAUGACAAUAUAUAUCAAAAUAUGACCAGGCCCCUAACACAUUAUUGGAUAUCUUCAUCUCAUAAUACUUAUUUAACUGGAGAUCAAGUAUCAAGUGAAAGUUCAAUAGAAGCAUAUGCUAGAUGCUUACGAUGGGGAUGCCGUUGUAUUGAAUUGGACUGCUGGGACGGACCAGAUGGAUUACCGAUCAUUUACCAUGGUCAUACAUUGACUAGUCGAAUCAAAUUUUUAGAUGUUUUAAAGACAAUCAAAGAACAUGCUUUUAUUACUUCUCC